GUGGAUAUUCGACCGGGAUAGAGCUUGGUUUGAUUAUACUCCGUUUUGUACAGACACUACUUCGUCCUUUUUCUUGACCUAAAAGCCUCUCGUCCACCAUGGCCAUAGGCAAUUCGCUUUCCUACCCUCCGGAGGGUCUCCUCCAUGGAUACCAGGGGGAUAAUGUGGCCAUCAAGGCUUGUAUGAUCGUGUUCAGUGCCAUUGCCUGGUACAACGCAGUCGAACUCAUCAUUCUCAUCUUUCUCACCUUCAAUCGCUACAGCGGUCUCUAUUUCUGGGCAAUGUUUUUGUCUACCACCAUCGGUGUUAUCUUUCAUGCGAUCGGUUUCUUGCUUGAAUUCUUUACCAUCGGUCCCAUUGGAUUAGCGAUAACGCUCGCCACCAUUGGGUGGUACUUUAUGGUCCCAGGCCAAUCCUUUGUCCUCUAUUCUCGCCUUCAUUUGGUCGAACAAAGUCCCGUUGUGUUGCGGCGCGUAUUUCACCUCAUCGUCUUCAGCGCCGUCGUCAUUCUCAUUCCGACCACGGUCCUCACCUACUGCACCGUCUACGUCGGCAGCCAAGCAUCUAUCAGGGGCUACAAUGUCAUGGAGCGCCUUGAACUCACGUGGUUUUGUGCGCAGGAAAUCUUGAUUGCCAGUAUCUACAUUUUCGAAACCAUCAACAUACUUCGCCUGCGGCCGGAGAAGGAACUUCAUCGGAGCAAGUUGAUGUACGAGUUGAUCACCAUCAACCUGGUGAUGAUCUUUUUGGAUAUUGCUCUUCUUGUGUUGGAAUACGUCGGUUUAUAUACUCUACAGACAACCUUGAAGGCCGCCGUAUACAGUGUCAAACUCAAGUUGGAAUUCGGCGUGCUGGGCAAGCUGGUUUCGCUCGUACACACCCACCGUUCUGACCUCACAUCCUCCGAAUACGACGAGUUCCCGAAUUUCGUUGAUCCAGCGCAGUUGACCGGUGAUAUCACCCAUGCAGCUCCGAUGGAAGAUGAGAGGCGACAGUCGCGGCCACCGUGGGGGCUGCUACCUGCCACACGAGAUCUCGCACUCGACGCAAUCAUCCCGCCGAGUGCGGAGUACAUACAUGCCUCUCCAGCCGGGUAUCGGCGGAGUACGGUGUACUAGGGCAUCCAUGACUCUAUACUGACGUCAGCGGUGAUGACCGAAACAUGGCACGACAGGGAUACCCUUGUAUUGUAUCAUAGUGAGAAAUUAUGUGAUUUAUGCGAGAUGUAUUAACAUGUAAAGCAAAUAUCCAUUUUCGUACCGAGUG